AUAGAGACAACGACCCCAGCGGGACAGCCUAUUGUCGAGAGAGAGAAGACGGCCCCAUUCCUCAUCCGAACUUUCGUAAAAGUUGGAUCCUUCCACAGACUGUCCUUGUUUGAGGAAAAUACUCUACCAACCACGGAUGAACAACAGAUUUACACCUGGAAAGACGCGACUUUGCGCGAAGUACUGACAACGCUCCGAAAUGCUGCACCCCAGAUAGCAGAGCUUCGCCACCCUCUUGCUCGUUAUUCCUUCCGCGCUAUAUAUGCAGAUGCGGCAAACAGAGGGCGCUUUGCACAGAAAGAACUCGGUAUGGUCUAUUCUCGCGACAUUUUAGGCGAGCCAGGUACCGUUGACAGCCCCGCGGCACGCCUGCUCAACGACACGGAUGGCGAAUCCAGAGAACAGACAGAGCGGGAGAAAGAGGAGAGAACGCUUGAUGAACUUCGAUUCGUGCCAGGAGACUAUCUUUGCGUCUCUAUCAUCCUUCCAAAAGCCGCUGCGGCUGCAGUGGCCGCAGCUACCCAGGCAGACACUACUGCCAAGGCCCCAGUUCCAAAUGGGUGGAGAUCCGCACCAGCUCCACGACAGGGCGAUGGAGGAUGGGGAGCAGCAGCCCCCGUCGGCCGAGGCGGGGGUCAUUGGCGAGGGGACUCCAAUCCUCCUCCCCCCAGUGGCCCACGAGGAAGAGGGGGAGGUGGUGGUGGACGAGGCGGAGACUUUGCUGGAAGAGAUCGCGACUUUGACCGCAACAGAGAAUCAGACAGACGUCCGCCUCCGAGGCGUGAUUCACCACCUCACCGAGGUGGCCGGGGAGGCAGAGGUGGGAAACGGUCACCGUCGGGUUCGCGAUCAAGGAGCCCACCUCGACGCAGAGGCUCUCGCUACGAUUGA